AUGUUCUUCUUCCUCCUCUUUCUUUUUUCCUUAUAUCUCCCCUUCCCCUUUUUCUCCUCUCCCCUUUACUCUACUUUUAUGUCUUCGCUAUUCUUCUUCCUCCUCUUUCUAUUGCUUUAUAUCUCCCCUUUCCCUCUUUCUCUUCUCCCCUUUUACUCUCCUUUUAUGUCUCCACUACUCUUCCUCUUUCCAUUGAUUUUUAUCUUUCUUUCUUUCUCCUCUUUCUUUUCUCCCCCUCUUACUCUCCUUUUAUGUCUUCAAUACUCUUCUUCCUCCUCUUUCUAUUACCUUAUAACCCCCCUUUACCUCUUUCUCUUCUCCCCUUUUACUCGCCUUUUAUGCCUUCACUACUCUUCCUCCUCCUCUUUCUAUUGCUUUUUAUCUUUCUUUCUCCUCUUUCUCUUCUCCCCCUCUUACUCUCCUUUUGUCUUCAAUACUCUCUUCCUCCUCUUUCUAUUACCUUAUAUUUACCCUUAUUCUCUUUCUAUUCUCCCCCUCUUACUUUCCUUUUAUGCCCCUAAUUACAUUCUUUCUCUCUUCCCUUCUUUUUCUUCUCCUCUUCUUUAUUUUGCCAAUACGCUUCUCUCCGUCUAA